GGUUUUGUGGUUUUGUUGUUGUUAUUGUUAUAACUCACAUCCUCACCACCGUCUUUGAAGUAGCUGCUAUUACCCCCACUUCACAGAUAGAGAGACUGAGGCACAGAAAGGUCACACUGCUCUAGGUAGCAGAACUGGGGCUCACACCCAGGAAACUAGCCUCAAAGAAGAAAAAGGAAGAAAAGAGGGGUGUGCUGGGGACGGGGGAGGGGAGGGUGUGGCCCAGGCUCGGCUGGUUUCCAGGUUCCUGUCACACUUCCCCAAGGGGCAAGUAGGUACCAGUCAAGGGCACUCGGCAACCGCUGUUCACUUCUUCCCUGGUGGGCUCUCCUCCCCUUGUCCACGUGUCACUCACGCCUCGUCCCUCUCUCCACUUCCCCUUCGCUGGAGGACGCAGCUUCCUUGCUGCUCCGGGGACGCCGGGGAGGUGGAGGAGGGCGGGAGGAGGCUCCGGGCCAGGACCACCAAGAAUCAACUCUUCUCAGGACGAAGCAAAGUCGAGUGUGUGGUUGAUUGCUUGAGGAUUUCCAGUGGCAGAUGACUGUGGGGGACAAUCAGACCUGGAGCAGAGGAUCCUGAGGGUGUUGAAGGAGGCUGGCUCCCCUAUGAAGGCUGCCCAGCUGGCAAAGGAAUGCCAAGUGCCCAAGAAGAAACUCAACCAAGUUCUCUACCAGAUGAUGCCAAAGGCACAGGUGGUCCUCACUGACCGCGCAACGUGGCGCUUAGGCGAAGUUGGGGCUGGAGAGCUGGUUCCCACAGAGCCAGCCCAGCUCAGCCUCGCAGAGAGACCCCGGCAAGACAUAGUGGCCAUUCCACAGAAGCCUGGUUCUCAGCUCAGUCAACAGCAGGAACAGAUCUAUGGGUUUCUGAGAGCCAGAGGGCCCUGUAAGGCCCUAGUCAUCGCCCAGUUCCUGGGGAAGAAGACAGCAAAAGACGUCAACCCGGACUUGUACGACAUGAGGAAAAGUCACCUGUUGGACCUUGACCCGAAUUCAAAAGCAUGGGCGGUCUAUCAACCAGAGGGUCCCGCGGAAAGAAGUCAGCCCUCCACAGUCAUUUACCAGAAAAAUCCGGUCAUGAUCUAUCAGAACGGACCGAACAACCACAUCUCCAUCGAGAACUCUGAAGCAGUCCAGAUCGGACACUGGAACAGCAUAGUGCAACAAACUGCCCCUUGGGACAGCGCUGAUGCCUCACCUCAGGAUCCCCUGGCCGGAUCCUGGGGGUCCCAGAACAUCCACAUAGACAGGUCUGUGCUCAAACGGGUGCAAAUGGGCCACGGCAACAAGAUGACCCUUCAGACAGACCAGGCCACAGCCCCCGGCCACAGCCCCUCUGCCAGCAGCCUCUCUGUCAGCCCCCCAGUCUCUGCCACCACCGCUGGUCCAGAAUCUUCGUUUGACAUUCGAAUGCCCACAUUAGAACCUCACCCCGAGGGGAAGGAGGACAUGGCCCAGAAAAUCCACAUCAAGUCCUGCUUGCUCGAGGAUGCGGCCAUUGGCAACAGCAACAGAAUGAGGGUCAGCCUGGGGACAGCUGGCCCAGGAAGAGGGGCGGGGCCUGAGGACAGCAGUGGGGACCUUGGGGAGCCCGCAGAGGACACAGCGCCUCAGCCAGAAGCUGCGAAGCCCAGAGACAAGGUGGCUCCCGAUGCUGGUCGUGCUGACCCCGACGUGGCCACGCUCCUGUCCCCGCUGGAAACCGUGGCACUCGAAAGCAAGGAUUCGGAAGCCGCUGCAGACGGCCCCUGAGUGGACGGGGCCCAGCAGGGGCCUGCAGGAGGCGGGGCUCAGAACAAACAGCCCCGGCUGGACGGAGGGGGUGGACAAAGGCUGGAGGGGGCCUGAGCCCUCGCACUGUACGGUUCGUCCCAUAAACGUUCUUG